UUCAUCUAAAUACCGAAAGAAUUGCAGCAUGGAAACUUGCAAGAUGUCUAAAAAAGAAAAAAGAGUAGAGUCAAAGAAAAGAAAAGCAAAGGCUUUCCUUCAGCUUGCUCAUGAAGUGGACGAGGUAACGAAACAAAAUGAAGAUUCUGAAGAUGAAGAUUCUAAAGCAAAGAAAUCAAAAGUUACAGAACAGAAUCAGACUGAAACAAAGACAAUGGAUGAUUUAGUUCGCUUCAGAAAACUUCUGAGAGACAGACAGAAAGCUAGUAUGGAGAAGCCUAAAGUCUUUUUACUGCUAGAAGAACUACAGUUCCAACACAGUCGACAUAUGUCACAAGAUUUAACUUUCAAGGAGAUGCCACCUUUGUUUCUCUUGGACUUACAACAUUUACUACUGUAUGCUGCACAGGGAAAUGUAUCCACAUACAAACCUAGAUGGUGUAAGUUGCUCAGAGUAGGUAAGGUAACCAGCGUUGUAGUGAUUGUAUUGGAUUCCGUGAGCAGUUAUGAAUACGAGACAUACCCAGACUGCUUCACAAGACUUAAGACACAGUUUGAUAUGUCAGCAGAUAUGAUUUCCCCAGAACAGUAUGGAAGUACAGUCAGUGAGGAUUUGUUUAAUGUUCCGAUGAGUAACAGGGAAAUAAGGAAAAUAAAUGGUGUGAUACCAAAACAGACAAAAAACUUGAUAAACAAAUUCACCAGACCACCUGGCUACAGUAUAGACAUUCAGAACAAAUCCAGUAACAGUUUAACUGACACGGAAAAACAUAGCAAAGACAAAGAAUUAUCUAGCAUAGACAAAUAUACAUUGUCAGAUGUCAAUCCAACAGACUCAUCAGAAACUGAUACGGAGAAAAAGUCUACUGGUGCUUCUGAUAUGAACAUAUCACAUGACCAAAAACAAUUAUCAACUAGUUUUCACAAUGCUGGUAUUGACACAGAUCUAGGAGAACUUCAUAAGAAUGAUUCGUUUUCCAGAACAAGUCUACUGCUCAGUCUACCACAGAUGAUAUUGGAAGACUUCCCACUUCCUAUUUACCAUGGUGGCUAUAAAAAGUAUGUGUUUUCCAAAGAAGGCUAUUCAACAGUGACCAACCAGAGUCCUAUGUUUGCUAUUGAUUGUGAAAUGUGUGUGACUACAGCAAAGAAGUAUGAACUGACGAGAGUAUCUGUUGUUAAUGAGAAUCUAGAAGUUGUUUAUGACAGCUUUGUUAAACCUUAUAAUCCCAUUACAGAUUAUGUCACAAGGUACAGCGGUGUUACGAAAGCUAUAUUAGAUCCAGUUAAAACAAGAUUGAAGACUGUUCAAAGGUUUCUACAUAAAACUUUACCUGUUGAUGCUAUUGUAUGUGGACAAUCACUGAAAGGGGAUCUAGCGGCUCUCAGGUUGUUCCAUCCAUAUGUGAUAGAUACAAGUGUGAUAUACAACCUAUCUGGUCACAGAUCACAGAAAACUAGUCUGCGUAGGCUAGCUGCUCACUUCUUAGGUAAGGAUAUUCAGAGUAGUGAAGAAGGCCAUUCCUCUGUAGAAGAUGCUAUUACCACAAUGGAACUGGUUCAACUCAAACUUAAACAUUCACCAAACUUUGGGGAUGUAGUCAAUGGAGGAGUUUUAUAUCCACAGAUAGUAGAAGUGAAAACAGAAGAGAAAAGUGCAUCAGAGGGGAAUGUAGAAGUGAAAACAGAAGAGAAAAGUACAUCAGAGGAGAAGGUCGACGGUGCAUUAGUCAAUGAAAAUACAGAUCAUGUGGAUAUAAAGACUGAAAAAUGUGAAGAUAUCAAAGACAAAAAAAUGACAAAAUUAGAAAAAAAAGAUAAAGACAAUUGUAGUGAUAGAGGAGAAAGUAAAAACGAAAUGGAGUCAGAACAUAGUGAAGGAGAAGAGAGUAAAAACAAAGAGUCAGAACAUUGUACUUGUGAUGAAACCGAUGCUGACACUGAAUGUAAAUCUUGUCAGGCAGAGAGAAAAUCUGGACCUGAUCUUAUUCAACAAAGGAAAGCAUUCUUUCAGCAGGCUGGUAGUCAUCUGUACGAAAGUCUGUUUGCUCUGAUAAAGAAACAAAAUAAAAUGGUUGGAUUGAUUGACAAAGCUGCAACAUUGGAACAGUUUAAGGAUGACACAAUGACAGCAGUACCUACAAAUUGUGAUAGAGAUACGAAAUCUACUGGGAAAUCAUUGGUACAGUUCCAUGACUUUGUUUAUUUGAACUUCCCUUCAUACAAAGAGAUGCUUGAUAGUAAUGAUGAGGAAGAAAAAAUGCAUUUAUUACGGAAACAAGACAAAAGGAUGUCAAAGGUGUUGAAACAUGUGAGGGCCAAUUCCUUAGUUGCUGUGGUGAUGACAGGGAGAUGUUGUCAAGGACAGGAUUACAGUGCAAAGACUUUUGUUAAAAUAACUUGAAAUAAAGUUACAAAUACUA